AUGGAUAUAUUCAAACAACUCUCUCCCAAUGAUGCCGACAUUGGGAGUAACUUUGCUAUGCUCACUUCUGCAAUAGAGGCAAACGGACUUACAGUUGUUGACCUUUUGUCUUCUGUUCAUUUUUCAUCAAGCACAAAUCUCCCUCAGUUAUCUAAAAAAUUGGGGAGAUCAAUAAGAGAAGUAGAGGAAUUCUUGAAUAUUCUAAAGAAAGAAUGUACUGAAGCAUCCACACAAUGCUCAUUAAAGGAAAGAUUCGGCAAAGAGCAAACAGGAGACAAAUGUCACUUUAUUCCAACUGGUCUUGAAGCUUUGGAUCGACAAUUGAAUGGGGGAAUUCCUUUAGGUGAAAUAACGGAAAUAUUUGGAGCAAGUGGUUGUGGAAAGUCACAACUCCUUCUUCAGCUAUGCAUAUAUACCCAAUUGGUUGGUGAUCCCGAAAAUAAUCAAUGUAUUUACAUUUCAACAGAAUCUCCAUUAGAAACAAGAAGGUUACACGACAUGAUAGAUCAUUACAAUGCCAAAUCGGAUAAGAAAGUGCUGAUGGACAACAUUUCUUGCAUUUAUUGCCAGGAUAUUGAAAACCAAGACCAUACUCUUUUCACACAAUUGCCGGUCAAACUAUCUCAGGAGAAAGGUAAAGUACGGGCCAUUAUAAUUGAUAGCAUAUCUCACCACCUAAGAUUGGAAGAAGCUAUUACGAACACAAUGUACAUAACAGAUCAUAUAAAGGCACAAGAGGAAGCGUUGACUGAUAGUAAAGAGUAUGCAGAAAUCAAGACCAAGCUUGAUCAGCAGUUUAAAGCAUUUUUUAAAUCCACGCCCAAAUAUCAAAAUAGAAUUGCUAAAACCCAAUAUUUGAUGUUAUUGCAUCGUCACUUGCUAUCUAUCGCUAAGGAUAAUAAUAUCGCCGUAAUAACAGCGAACCAAGUGAGUGAUUACCCCGAGAAUAUUACAGAUUUAAGUAUCUAUGAAGAUGCAGACGACAGCCUUAAUCUUGAAUACCAAUUAGGUCAAUAUUCGGGCUGGGACAACAGAUCCAUAUUUAAACAUCAACAGCUUUUCCUGCAAAAUCAAGAUAUAAUCAGUUCUAAAGAAUCCGACUUGGCUUAUUACGAACUUCUGAGAUCUAUAGAUCAGAUCAAUAAUCUAAACAAAAGACAAAAGAUGAGUAUACCUCUAAACGAAACCGAGAUUGACCCCCGGUACAGCAAACAUAAUAACGCAUCGGUUAUUGACGAUCAAUACUCAAACCAGGAAGACCUUAUUGAUAAGCUACAUAGAUUGGAGAACUGUGAAACGAAAAAAAUCGUUCCCACACUAGGCUACCAUUGGGGAAAGAAUAUGGUUUCCCGCCUAAUGCUAAUGAAAACAUACAGACCAUUACUCAAAGACAAAGCUACUCUAGCGGACACGCAUCAGCCAGUUGAUCCGGAAUCAAGAUUAACUUACGACUCCUUAUGUGAAGGCUUUAAUUUGCCAACUCAAACAGAAGGAAGCAUCAAACGCAAAGCUGACAAUAACAGUUCCCCCGAAAACAAUCAAAAGAAUAACACUAUUUAUGGUGUCGAAUCGCUUAUUGAUGGGUGGGGUGUGGAAAGAUAUGUCAAGGUAGUGGCUUCUCCGUACGACCUGGUAAGUCUGAAUGGCAUGUUCAAUGAAAAUCGUAAAAUACCUUUUCAAAUAACUACAAAUGGAAUUACAGAAAUAUAA